CCACCGUCGCUUGUCGCGUGCGGAACCGAGCUUCGAUUGUCCGAGAUUCCGGAAAGGUAUGGGUCUGGCAUUGGCCGUGGUUGUAUCGAUAAUCGCCCUUUCCGGCGGCCAACUUCUGCCGGAGAACUCGUGUCCCGACUACUUCGCAUAUGUCAACGAUCCCUUCGAGGGUCUCCAGGGCGAGGUGACACUGCCCGCCUUCUCGCGCGGUCGCAAUCGCAUCGAUUUGCGGUUCUCGCAGCGGGGUGAUCAAGAUGCCUCCGCCGUGGGCGCCGUUACUCCGUAUCCGGAUGAGAGCGCGGUUCGCUCCAGCAGGGGGUCCUCCAAGUUCCGGAUCUCCCUCAGACCGAAUCCCACGGGUGGUUGGCCCAAGCUAACGCGUCUCACCUACAACAAUCAACUUCUGUGCUCGGCCAGCGAAUACACACCACCCAACAGUUUCUUUAAUCGCUUCUAUGAGCUUCAGAUCAGUGGAUCGCUGGCGCCUUUGCCUUCCACUGGAUUCAAUACCUUCCCGAGAGAUGGCUUCGAUGUGGAUGUUCAGACCGUGUUCUUUCCGCCUUCUCGCGGGAUUGAUGUUUGGCCUGGCUUUAUGCAGACCUGGCAAACGACCCCUUCCUUGAAACCCCAGUUGGCCACACCAGCGCCCACGCCGCCUGUUUUCUGGCCAACUCCUGGGCCACCUUUGACUACAGAAUCAGCACUAUUACCAUCACCGAUUGAAACCAAUUCUCCAUCAAUGUCGGUUCAAUCUGUACGGUUUAAUCCGCGAUCUCCUGCUGCUUCCAUAGUUUGCGGGAGAGAGGGCAGCCUAUCUCCGUAUAUUGUGCGGGGCAAGGAGUUCCCGCGUGGAAUGUAUCCCUGGCUGUCGGCCAUCUACCACAAGGAGUCGCGAUCGUUGGCCUUCAAGUGCGGCGGAUCCCUGAUCUCCGCGAGCAUCGUGAUCAGUGCCGCCCACUGUGUGUACCGAAUGGCGGAGAGCCGCGUGGUCAUCGGACUGGGACGCUAUGACCUGGACGACUAUGGAGAGGAUGGCGCCGAGAUGCACAAUGUGAUGCGACUGCUCUGGCAUCCGGAGUUCAACACCCGCUUGCUGUCCGAUGCGGAUAUCGCCCUGAUCACCAUAGAGCGCCCUGCCAAAUUCAACGACAUUAUUGGCCCUAUUUGCCUUUGGACAGUGGAAGCGAGCAGUACGUUGUCCACAUCCGGAUUCAUUGCCGGUUGGGGCAGAGAUGAGCAGGGAACCUCAAGGACCCAGUAUCCCCGUAUAGUGGAGGCGGAGAUCGCCAGUGCCACGAACUGUGCCAGCAAUUGGAAGGCAUCGAUGGUUUCGGAUAGAAGUCUGUGCGCCGGAAACCGCGAUGGAUCUGGACCCUGUUUGGGGGACUCCGGCGGAGGACUGAUGGUCAAGCAGGGCGACCGCUGGCUUCUCCGGGGCAUUGUGUCCUCCGGAGAACGAGGAACUAAUGGCACCUGCCAGCUGAACCAAUAUGUACUGUACUGCGAUCUGUCCAAGCACAUCGACUGGAUAAACGAUAAUAUCCGCUAAGCCCCGGAUUCGCUUUGUUUAUAAUUAGAUUAAAAAACCCCCGAGGCCAAAA